UCCUUUAAACGUUGAAGAUAACACCCACCCCACCCGUCUUCUGCAUAUUUCAUCCACAUCAUAACUUCAACUGUUUGUUAUAUCUUCUUCUUCUGAUCAAACCACACAGAUCUUGACUUCAUAUUAUCAAACCCCAAAAACAAACAGAGUUUAUCCAAUCACCUCGAUUCUUGCAACCAAUUCAACUCUCAUAUUCGGAUAACGACUAUUCUCGUAUUAUAGAUCUAUCUAAACACCAUGAUGACGAGGCAACCUCAGAACGAACAAUCUAGGGUUUUCUACGAGCUAUCUGCGUUGAUAUUAAACCUAAUUCGGUACCCUCCGACGUCGUUUCAGGUCUCCGAUGAGGUACGGAGGCAGCCGCGGCGGCCGGUGCCGCCGUCCCAGAUAACGCCGGCGGGAUUUGCGUCGAUGUUAUUGGGGGUUUCGUUGGCGUUGAUGUUAUGUGGGUCGAUCACGUUUUUCAUAGGGUUUUUGUUGAUGCCGUGGGUUAUUGUGUUGGUUAUGUUGUUGUAUGUUGUUGGGAUUGUUUCGAGUUUGUCGAUGAUUGGUCGGGCCAUUUUCUGUCAUCCAGUUUCACCUAGAAAGAAUGUUGCUGCCUGGAAACUGUUGUGAGCCGAGAGGGAGAUUGUUGAAGUGCGAAGACAGCGGUUAAUAGAGAAGAUGAACGUUUGUUUAUGAGCAGAAGGUAAAUGGAAAGAAACCUGGGCUUCUUCAAGUAUUUAUUAGGGCAAGAAGGAGCUUUGGAUGUUAUUAUUUAUGAAGACACAUACAAUACAUAGGCUUUAUGUUUUUUUUUUUUUUUAAUUUAAGAAAGUUGGUGGUUGUGCAUUCUUUACUUGAGGAAGCAUAUGCAUAUGGGGGUGGUGAAGUGUGUGUGGUGGUUUUGAUGGAUUAUUAUGUGUGUUUAAGAAAUAUUUAAUUAAACAUGCCACUGCUGGUAUUUGGACUUGGUUCCUCUUGUUUCUUACUUAUUUAUUAAUCUUAAUUUGCAAUUGAUUUGGU